UGUUAUGGGUUUACUUCUCUUCACUGUAGUUGCAUUCCUGGCGUGGUUUCCUUUCAUCUCAGUAUUCCAGACUCGUAUGCUCUUUAGCCAAGCGAUUGCAGAGGUCUGCAGAUUUCUCGUAUUCUAGGAGGCCAAAGGAAAGAUCACACUUCUUAAAACAAUGAUGCAUGACUAUUCAAACAUUAGGAAUGCUAAGAUCCCGUUUUGAAUCAUUUCCUGGUGCUUUUAAUGCCUGUUUGAUCCCAGAGAAGAGGAGUGAACCAAAGAAGAAAGGAUUGAGGGACACUUUCUCCCACAACUUUGCUCAGCUCUCUUCAAACGAAGAGAAAGAAGCUGCUAGAUUUGCUCAGUUGUGGAACAAAAUAAUCAGUAGUUUCAGAGAGGAAGAUCUUAUAAGGAACAGGGAAAUGGACUUGCUGCUUGUCCCAUAUUGGGCUGACCAUGAUUUGGACCUUAUUCAGUGGCCUCCUUUUCUGCUUGCAAGCAAGACAAAAAUUGCAUUAGAUAUGACCAAGGAUAGUAAUGGUGAGGAUCAGGAGCUGAAGAAGAGAAUUGGGACUGACCCUUAUAUGUCUUGUGCUGUUAAGCAAUGCUAUGCUUCAUUUAGGAACAUCAUUAUGUCCUUGGUUGAGGGGAUCGUGAGAAAAAGUAAGGUUAUACAGUACAUGUUUGGUGAAGUUGAAAAACUUAUAGAAGAGGGUACAUUAAUUAGGGAAUGCAAAAAGAGUGCCCUUCCUAGCCUCUAUGAACACUUUGUGAAGCUAAUCAAAUAUUUGUUAGAUAAUAAACAAGAGGAUAAGGAUCAAGUUGUAAUUACUUUCCAGGACAUGCCGGAGGUGGUGUCAAGAUAUAUACUGAUAGAGGAUCAAAUACCCAGCUCCUUUUUUACAGGUGGUGUCAAGAGUUAUUUUUCUUGUCAAAAAAUAAUAGAUCAAAGUGUUUUAACUCCAUACUACACGGAGGAGGUUCUUUUCUCUUUGAAAGAGCUGGAAUCACCAAAUGAAGAUAGUGUUUCAAUCCUCUUUUAUUUGCAAAAGAUAUUUCCAGAUGAAUGGAAUAACUUUCUUGAGCGAGUAAAAUGCCUUAGUGAAAAAGAACUUAAAGGAUCUGAUGAACUAGAAGAAGGGCUCCGCCUCUGGGCAUCAUGUAGAGGCCAAACUUUGACUAGAACUGUGAGAGACAUGAUGUACUAUCUGAAAGCUUUGGAACUGCAGGCUUUUCUUGAUAUGGCCCAACAUGAAGGCUAUAAGGCAAUCGAAUUAAAUGUGGAUGAUAACAAGGGAGAAAGAUCAUUGAUGAUGCAGUGUCAAGCCGUUCCUGAUAUGAAAUUCACGUAUGUCGUUUCAUGCCAACAAUACAGUAUUCAAAAGAGAUCUGGUGAUCAUCGUGCACAGGACAUUCUGAGGCUAAUGAUAACGUAUCCCUCACUUUGUGUAGUAUACAUUGAUGAGGUUGAAAACCAGAAGAUCUAUCACUCUGUUUUGGUGAAGGCUGCACCAAAGUCAAUUGAUUCUCCAGAUCCAAUUCAAAGUUUGGACGAGGAAAUUUAUCGUAUAAAACAUCCUGGACCUGCUAUUUUGGGUGAGGGAACGCCAGAAAAUCAAAACCAUGCUAUUAUAUUCACCCGUGGGGAAGGCUUGCAAAUAAUAGAUAUGAACCAGGAUAAUUACAUGGAAGAAGCCUUAAAAAUGAGGAAUUUGCUGCAAGAAUUCCUUAAAAAGCAUGAUGCCGUGAGGUAUCCGACCAUUCUUGGACUUAGAGAGCAUAUAUUUACUGGAAGUGUUUCUUCACUUGCUUGGUUCAUGUCAAAUCAGGAGACCAGUUUUAUGACAAUUGGUCAAAGACUGUUAGCCAACCCUCUGAAGGUUCGAUUCCAUUAUGGUCAUCCAGAUGUGUUUGAUAGGCUCUUUCACCUUACUAGAGGAGGUGUAAGUAAAGCAUCCAAGGUUAUCAAUUUGAGUGAAGAUGUGUCUGCUGCUUUCAAUUCUACACUUCGAGAAGGCAAUGUUACCCAACAUGAAUACAUACAAGUCGAAGGGAAGGGAAGGGAUGUCGGCCUGAGUCAGAUUUCUAUGUUUGAAUCUAAGAUAGCUAAUGGCAAUGGGGAGCAGUCACUGAGUCGAGAUAUAUAUUGGCUUGGACAUCGGUUUGACUUUUUCCGAAUGUUGUCAUGCUAUUUCACUACCAUUGGAUUCUACUUUGGUAUAUUGCUAACUGUGAUCACUGUGUAUGUGUUCCUGUAUGGUCGUCUCUAUCUUGUACUUAGUGUUGAAAAUUCAGAUUUAAUUGAAAUCCCAAGAUUCUUGUAUUUAGCAAUAAUUAUAGGGAUAGCAGUAAUCAUAGGGAGGAAGGGGAAAUUGAGUCAUCUCCUUGGUACUAGACCUAAGAGGGGAGAUCCUAAAUUCGACGCUUGGGAUGAAGAGGACUCCACGGUCAUGUCUUGGCUAGGGAAUUCCAUGCUGCUAGAAAUCAAUGAUACGUUUAUGUUUUUGCCAACGUCUAAAGAAAUAUGGGAAGCAGCAAAAGAAACUUAUUCUAAGAAUUUGAUUGAAAAGGAUCGAAUUUAUGAUUUCCUCGUUGGUUUACAUGUUGAGUUUGAUCAGAACCUGAAGUUUAGUAGUGAAAAGACAUUUGCCUUCAAUAUUGCAAAUUCAGAAAUUGGCAGAAUAGAGUCUUGGUCCUCAAACAAGGAUAAUCUCUGGUGUAACUACUGCAAAAAGUCUUGCCAUACCAAAGAGCAAUGUUGGAAACUUCAUGGAAAACCAAAAAGUUCUCAGUGGAAUAAAGGUCCUAGAGGAGGAACACAGCGAAGCCAGGCGAAUAUGACUCAAUCCAGAGAGGAUAGGUCACAUGAUUCCAGCGGUGAAGAGAAGCAUGAAUUUAACAAAGAAGACAUUGGAGGGUUGAGGUUACUCCUUGAUUCAUUGCAAAAGUCUACACGUACCUACUCCCUAGCAAAUUCAGGUAAACUUCAUUCCUUAUAUGCUUUAAGUGCCUUUAGUUCAGAUUUUUCAAAUACCUGGGUUAUUGACUCCGGGGCAACCAACCAUAUACCCGUUCUUCACACAAAUUUCUCACAUACCAUCCCUGUUCUAGCAACCGAAAAGUAUCUAUCAGAUGCAUGA